AUGUUCUUAAGAAGCGUCAACCGUGCUGUUACUAGAAGCUUUUUAGCUACGCCCAAGUCUGCUGUGGUAAAAUCAUCGUGGAGAGUUUUGACUGUUGCCAACUCUAAGAGAUGUUUUACGCCUGCCGCAAUCAUAAAUCAGGAGACCCAAAGAGUAAGUGACAUUUUGCAGUCCGAAUUGAAAAUUGAGAAGGAAACAUUGCCAGAUUCAACGUCGUUAGAUUCAUUCAACGACUUUUUGAACAAAUAUAAGUUCUCAUUGGUAGAGACACCUGGUAAAAAUGAAGCUGAAAUAGUUAGGAGAACUGAAUCAGGCGAAACAGUUCAUGUGUUUUUUGAUGUUGCACAGAUUGCUAAUCUGCCCUACAACAAUGCGAUGGAUGAAAAUGCUGAAACAAACGAAGACGGGAUUAAUGAGGACGAUUUUGAUGCCUUAUCAGAUAACUUUGCCAAUGUUAAUGUCGUUAUUUCCAAGGAAAGUACAAGCGAACCUGCUAUCUCAUUUGAAUUACUAAUGAAUCUACAAGAAGGUUCGUUUUAUGUCGAUAGCGCUACUCCAUACACUUCUGUCGAUGCCGCUUUGAAUCAGUCUGCUGAAGCUGAAAUAACAAGAGAACUGGUAUACCAUGGCCCACCUUUUUCUAACUUGGACGAAGAACUACAAGAAUCGUUAGAAGCCUAUUUGGAAAGUAGAGGUGUCAAUGAGGAGCUAGCCUCUUUCAUUAGUGCAUAUUCCGAGUUCAAAGAAAAUAACGAGUACAUCUCCUGGCUGGAAAAGAUGAAGAAGUUUUUCCACUAA